UUAUACAGGUUGGUAGAGACAUCUUCCACGAGAAAGGUAUUCAAUCUAAAUAAGGUUUUACCUGGAAAAUAAUGUCCGUGAAGAUAUUGUUUUUUUUUUUCAUUAUAUUAGCUGGUGUUAAUGGGAAACCAGCAGAUGAAUUUGUAGAAAACUGUCAACUUCCGCCGGCGGCUGAUGGCUUUGGAAAAGUUAUGUCCUGUGCGCACUACUCGAAUUGGUUUUCCUAUCAUGCAGACAGAAACGAAUGCGUGGAGUUCUCCUACGGCGGUUGUGGUGGCAACGAAAAUAGGUUUAAAACCAAAGCCCUUUGCGAAGAGGGCAGUGGAAUACCCUUAUGGUGCUAGAAAGAUUGCCUACUUUUUGAUGGCAUUCUUUAUUGUAGUUUCAUACAAGCGAAUGGUUAUAAUGUAAAUAAUUUCAUAACUAAUUAAUUAGUUUCGGA